UAUUGUCUUCUUUUUAAAUCAAUUUGUUCGAGUCACUUAUUCAACGCUUUGUAUUCAGUUACGAGGUACGUCGGACGUGAAUUGUAAAAGUGAUAUUUGUAAAAGCUCGUAUACAAGAAAAUAUUUCGUCGCGUUAUAGAGUACUAAAAUUUUAAGGUAAUCAAAAUGAAGAGUCUAGCAGUGGUGCUGAUGUUGGUGGCGGCGGCAAGCGCCGUCAGCUUUUUCGACCUCGUCCGCGAGGAGUGGAACGCCUUCAAGCUCGAGCACAAGAAGGAGUACGACAGCGAGGUGGAAGAUAAGUUCCGCAUGAAGAUAUUCGCGGAGAACAAGCACAAGGUGGCGAAGCACAACGCGAAGUACGAGCGCGGCCAGAGCAGCUUCAAGCUGAAACCGAACAAGUACUCCGACAUGCUGCACCACGAGUUCGUGCACACCAUGAACGGUUUCAACAGGACCGUCAAUAUCGCGUUGUGCACGUCCUCCUCGUGCGAGUACAUGAGUCUCGCGAUCAGCGCCGCCACGUGCACGCGCGCCGCGCCCACCGCGCCGCCCGGCGCCCCGCCCGGCGCCCCCGCGCCGCCCGGCGCCCCGCCCGGCGCCCCCGCCCCGCCCGGCGCCCCCGCUGCCCCGGCGCCCCGCGCGUCGCCCCCGGCGGGCAGCUCGCGCAGCAGGGUCUGGUGCAGCAGCGGCAGGUGCGGCGUGAUCGCCAGCUCCACUUCCCGCGCCUCGUCCACGCUGACGACGCUCUCGCUGUGGACACGAUCAACUUCAUUUGCCUUUUUAUUAAUGAUUUACCGAGUACCCAAAAUCGUGUUUUGUAGACAUAUAACAUUAUAUGUGUAUGUGUGUGUGCGUCAGGUGCUGGUGGUGGGGUACGGCACAGACGAGCAGGGCGGCGACUACUGGCUGGUGAAGAACUCGUGGGGCCGCUCGUGGGGCGAGCUCGGCUACAUCAAGAUGGCGCGCAACCGCGACAACCACUGCGGCAUCGCCUCCGCCGCCUCCUACCCGCUGGUGUAGCGCGACACGCGACACACCACGCGCGACACGCGCGACACACGCGACACGCGCGUCAGAGGGCGGCACAACGGUACAACGCGUCAUACAAGACACAACACGACACAUUAUGCAACACGUCUCUCGAGAGUCAAGACAUAACAUAGAUAUAUAAUUAUAGUGACAUUUGUGUGAAAUGUCUAAACCACUUUAUAUUACUGCUAAUGUCAGUUUUGUAAAUUACAGUAAAAAAAAUUAAAACCACGUCUGACGCCUUCACACGUGAUGCGAUGUGUCGCCCAAACAAGCUGUGUACGCUCUCUCACUACUAUAGACGUUAUAAUACUAAACCUUGCGUGUUCAAAGUUUUCUUUUGGUUUAAAUAUGAAGUGUCGCAACUGGGCACUGCGCAACACGCAAUCAGUUUAGUCUUUAAUUGAAAUUUAUGUUUAAUUGAAGAUUAGUGAAGUUAUAAUGAACCAGUUUAUUUAAAUCUCAAUUCAUUUAUUAGUAUUAAGGUAAUUUUAAGAAAUUGUUUGUUUAAAAAAUGGAGACUUGUGAUACUGUAGCGUUAUGAUUAUUAUAAAAGAUAAGAUAAUAAAUGAGAAUUUUUU